UGCAUAUUCCAUACAUCAUUUUCUUCAGCCAUGGCCAGCAGAAACGCAAAAUCACCCGGCGACAGAGGGUAUGGUCGUUAUUACAAAUACGAAUCUAUUCGCAUUGAGUGGAGAAAGUUUAUCGAAGAGAACCACCCCCGUCAAAAGCCCAUUGCAGAAGAUUUCUUCAAGAACUUCUUUCGCAAUCACCGUGGUUUUCAGUUUGUGAUAGCCGAAGUUUUCGAUGAGACAACUCAUCCUCUUGUGUCUGCAGAGAAAUUUGCUGACUUGAAAAAUGAACUGGAGAGGAAAACCGGUCAGAGUUUACCAGAAGUGUCCAACACCUCCGAUGUAAAGAUAAAGGAUGAACGACGAUCCUUUUCUGAUUUAUACGCUUACAUCAAUUUUUCCAAGUCCCUUAGAGCAGCGAAUGACCAAAUUAAAGUCAGGUAAGCGGUCUUAAUACAGGUUAGUACAGAAUAAUCUGGACUAACGUGUAAUUUCUUCCCGUGUAAAUUUGAAAAUGAACCGAUUUCACCGAUCACUUUGGACCUCGUACAGGAAUUAAAAAAAACAGCUCACAUGAGUGGAUAAGAUGACUCGACAAAACCAUGAAAAUAUAAGUAACCAGAUUUUCAUUCCGCACCUCCUUUUGACUCGAGAUUGGUCCUUUUUUCCUUCUGUUGUUCGCGUUGUGCAUGAUUUGUUCUUUUCAAUAAAUAUAGUUAAGAAAUUCGAACAUUUGAAUCGCUUUGAAUCACAUGAUUUACAGUCUCGCCAUUUUCCGCCUGGCAGGGAUCGUGAAAGCUUUCCAGAUGAAAUACAUUUGUGCACUAGCUCCCUAACUCAUAAUAUCGUCAGCAGCGACUUCUUUACAUUCUAAAAACUUUGCCAAGUUUACUCUUAGUCGGUAUCGUAGUCCUUUUGGUCGACAAAUUUAUUAAUAUUUUUUAAGAAAGUGCUAUGUGGGCAAGAACAGAAUAUGUUUACGUAGGUCGCAAUUAUAUACAGUGGGCCUGUUUUCUUGGAACUACACAUAUAAAUCACUCAUCAAAUAUGUAUGUCGAUUAUGAAAAAAGCAGUUUUUCUCAAUUUAACGAUAAAAAUUUUUGAUGAUGUAUUAAAUAGGUGGGGCUGAUAAGUUAACUUUAAUACUCGAUCGCAAAGUUUGUCUUCAGUUAGAGUUGGGCUUGGAUUUGUUAAGCAUGUAGUUCACCUUUUCUAAGAAAGUUCGAAAGCGUAAUUCCGUUUGAUACUGGUGUUUCCUGGAAAGCUUCAUCGACACAAUUUUCUUAGAAAGUGGCAUUGGUUAAUUAACCAUUCGCGACAGGUCGUUUAAGAACUAAGAUAAAUGUCGCCAUAUAUUUCCUCAACAAACAGUAUGGGACAUUGAAUAAAGGGGUAAGUUUCUAAAGAAACUGUGGUGCUGCGUCGGUGGGAGGGUAUAGCAGGUAAUUUAGUGUUAACAACUGAGUUGAAAACGUAAUUAGCCACCGUAAAGGGUAAAAAAGCUGACGUUUCGAGCGUUAGCCCUUCGUCAGUAUGGGUCAUUAUUGCAUCUUAUUUUGAGUCACUUUGUGUUGCAGAAAGGCGCCUUUGAACAAAAAUAAUCCUCAUUGUAAUAUCUUUUUAAGUAUUCAAACAUAGAGGAAUAAACAAAAGCGGUAAGAAUUGGGGCAAGUGAUGGCGGAGAUUGACACGUGGAUUUUUGUUUAAAGACGAACUUGUCCGGUCAUAGUUCUGUAAUUCAUUAUGAAGCGAUCCCUCAUAUGACGUUGAUUACUACUCAGAAAGCAACCCGUCGCUGGCUUUACUCCUGAUUUGGCCGGAAAUAGUGGAUUUUAUCUCAGCAAAACGAAAUUCAUAUUUUAGUUUCUUAGAGCAAGUUGAUUGAAUUAAUAAACAGUGAUAUUUGCCGACUUUGUUAUUUUGAUACCAGUCAUCUCAAUAAAUUUAAUUGUCUUUUAUCAUUAUCUCGUUGCAGGAGAAGGAAAGAUGCAGUGGAAAGUGUCAGGGAACUCCGUACUUUUCUGCAAAGGAAACCUAAUGCUCGGGCAAUGGCGAUUGACAUCGAAACAUAUGAAAACGAUCACAGCAAAAUUCUCGAAAUUGGCUUCGUCAUCACUUCCCUAGCCAGUCCUGAGGGGAACGAGCAAGCUUAUCAUUUUAUCAUCAAAGAAAACCUCCAUAUGGUGAACAGGGAUUAUGUUUCCGACAACCGAGACAACUUCAGAUUUGGCACCUCACAGCGCAUGUCCCUUGCAGAUGCCGCUGGAAAGUUCUCGCAGUAUAUCGGGGAUGUAGAUGUGCUGGUGACUCACUCGGGCGGACAUGAUGAAGAUUACCUUGCCAGAAACGGCAUGUCUUUGAAAGGGAAACCAAUGUUCGACACUCAGCUGCUUGGCCUAGCACUGCUGACCGACGAGAAAACCUUGAACGUGUUUGGUCUCAAGCGCCUGAUGGAUGACCUGGGUAUUUCGUAUAACGAGGAUAUUCUCCAUAACGCUGGAAACGACGCCUACUACACCAUGAAAUUGUUCCUGGCAUUGACAAAGAAAGUGUAAUGAGAAUUCUAGAAGCGAAGUGAGUUUCAGACCGUUGGCAGUUUUAAAUUGAUCAGGAUAAAACGGCAAAGAAUAAAAUAUUGCAUAAUUGGAACAUUUAACCUUAAGCUACGCUAGAUAAGAAAAUUAUCUUCACUAAUUUUUUUCUUCAAUAUGAUUUCAAUGGCAAUUUCAAUUGACCAAGAAAAAAGAGCAAAUAAUAAAAUGAAUUUUCAAUUUAUAUAUGUUGCACGAUAAUACAGCAUAACUGAAACAUUUGACCUUAAGUUAUGAUAGAUUAGAAAAUUAUCUUCACUAAUUUUUUUCUUCAGUAUGAGUUCAAUGGAAGUUGUGGAAUAGUCUGAUUGGUCUUUAUUAUCUGACCAACAAAAGUGAUCACAGUCAACUCUCCCCUAAAAUGCGACCACCAUUGAAACAGGAAAAAGAAGUUGCCUAAGGGAGGUGGCCUUUUAGAAGAAAAUUAUAUGCAAGAUCCAUCAAUUACUAUUAUUUCUUUUGAGAAAUCGUUUUCUUUAUAAACUGUAACUCUUCAAUUUAUUAUUAACAAUUACGAUGGGCACCUUUGCAUUUUGAAAUAUGUUCCGUGACAAAUCAUUUCUAGCCCUAAAAAUGGUCACAGUUGGAGUUCAAGCAGUAGUUGCUUUGGAGAGUUCUAGGAAAGAGUAUUUGAUCAAGAAAGAGUCAUAUCUAUUGCAGUGGUCAUUAAGAGAGAGUUGACUGUAGAACAAGAAUCAAAAGGAAUCUUAGUCAUCAUUAGUCAAUAGUAAGAUUUAUCAGAAACAUGGUUAUUAUUUGUUAAUACUGGUUAUAAUGAAUAAAUGAGAUUAAUAAGAAUUACUACCAUGAAAUUUGAGCGAGACCUAGAUAUUUUGUAUCUCUCCAUUUAAGGUCAGAAAAGGAGCAGCUGAACUUUAAUUCUGCAUUUUAAAGACGCUUAUAAUUAAAAGGACACUUGAAAUGCUUGAUUCGUAUCAUGUGUAACUUUAUUCAUCGUAAUGUAGCUGACAAUGAUUCUUCAUCUGACAUCAAUUGAUUAGCUGAUUAUAUCUUGUUUACCAACUUACUUCAAGGACGUGUUGGGAAAGAAAUUGAUUGCAUGGUUAUAAUUAAUAAAAGUAAGCAUUUUACUGAAUAUUAUAUAUUUACCCGUCUCCUGGGAUGAAUAAAAAACCUAUAUGAUCUUAAGAUGGCCUACAGGUAAUUGGCAACACUCCUCAUUGUGGCUCUAGUGCAGGACAUGACUCUGACAGCUCUCUGAGCAACAUUUAAAUAUUGAAUUGUGUCUACAUUAAGUAACCCGUGGUUGAACUUCGUG